AUGAGUGCGUGGAAGCGACAGUUAGUAAAGUCUACAAACUUAACUUCUAGUGCGGGUUCUUUAUCAAAAAUAGAAAUCUUAAUUCUUCACAUUUCUACUGGACCCGAAUUUCCAGAAUUAACAAAUUUCAUACAAGAAUCUUUUACUAAAGACAACAGAAAGAUAAAGGCCGUAUUUAUGGGAACAAGGGGAGACGACUUUGAAUAUUCGAUUGCUCCGUUUAUGCCUUGUGAUGAAGGUUGGCCUCCUUUAAUUAGAGUGAAUCCAAUUUUGUCGUGGAACUACAGAGAAGUCUGGAAUUUUAUUGAACGUUAUAAUAUUGAUCAGUGCCAAUUGUAUGAAAUGGGGUUCACUUAA